GUAAGUUCACCAACAAAACAAAAAGAAAAGAAAAAGAAGCCUCAAACCCCUUAAAGAAAAAACACACACUCUCACUCAGCUUUUGCUCAUCAAGAUGGCGGUGUCAAUGUACGUUCUGGCGCCCGUCGUUUCGAUCAACCUCAUGGCCUUUAUUCUCGCCAUCGGCGCUGAACAACGUCGUAGCACGGCGAAAGUAGUACCAGAUGAGUAUGAUGAAUACGAUUACUGUGCGUAUGAUUCGGAUGCAUCAACGGUGUACGGACUAACGGCGUUUGGUUUGCUCUUGAUUAGCCAAACGCUCGUUAACGGCGUUACCAAGUGUUUGUGUUUUGGUAAAGGUCUUGUUCCAGGCUGUUCUAAAACCUUGGCUACCUUUUUCUUCAUCUUUUCCUGGGUCGUCUUUGUGGGAGCAGAAGCAUGCUUACUUUUAGGAUCUGCAAAAAAUGCUUAUCACACUAAAUAUCGAGCCAGCUUGGGUGGUAAUGAUCUUUCAUGUGAAACCCUACGCAAGGGGGUGUUUGCUGGUGGAGCUGCCUUAACAUUCAUCUCCAUGGUGGCAUCAAUUGUUUAUUAUUUGGUCCAUUCAAAGGCAGACACGGGUGGAUGGGAAAAGCACAAAAAUGAAGGUUUGGGUAUGACGUCUUUAGAGGCUCAAGACCAUGGAGGCGUGGGUCAGUUUGAAAAGCUUUAGCUAAGUUAGAAUGACUAUAUCUUUGUUUCAGCCGCCAUCUUGUAGAGAAAAAGAAAGAAAAGUAAAGAAACCGAAGAUUAAGAUAUGUUUAAGCUUUAUCUAAUCGAAUUACUAUUAAUAUGUACAACUGUUUGUGAGUUUUGUCAGAGACAAUUAUUUGUCUUCUAUCUUUAUAUGUAAAGGUUUUCAGACUCUGCUUUCA